AUGAAAUUGAACGCAUUCAUCGACGAUAUAGUUCAUAAGCAAAUUUACGGUGUUGUGAUAAAUUAUCAAUAUGUGAUAGAAUUUCAGAGGAGAGGUUUACCGCACGCGCACAUCGCAAUUACCUUGCAUAACGACGAUAAAUUAAUAGAUGGCGAUGCCGUCGAUAAUAUUAUAUCUGCUCGUAUACCGGACGAGAUGACGCAACCACUUUUAUACGGAUGCGUUAGACAUAAAUGUUAUCCGAAACCGUACAGAGAGGAGACGGCUCUCGCCGUCGGUACUUACAUCAAAAGGGCCGAAUAUAAACGUCCCAACGAUGGCAGGCGAAUUUACGUUGAAGCCUGGCAACGGAGCGUUACGAAUCGAAGGGUAGUUCCUUAUAAUGCUUACGCCUUGGCUACGUAUCAAUGUCACGUCAGUUUCGACGCCGUAGGUUCUUCGAAUACGGUUAGAUAUUUAUAUAAGUACAUGUUCAAGAGACCGUGGUCUGUCAGGUUAUACGUCGACAAAGAGUCGAAUGGUAUCGACGAAAUUCAAGAUUAUAUCGAUAGACGAUACGUAAACGCCAUGGAAGCGACGUGGAGACUUUUCGAAUUCGGCUUGCAUAAACGUUCGCAUUCCGUAAUAUAUUUACCUGUGCAUUUGCCCGGUCAAAGGGAAUUAUUAUAUAAUGAAUGGGACGAUAUCGACGAGGUGGACAGGCGAUGA